CCACAUGAGGAGCCAGCUCAGACCGUGAAGGCGUUCAACUCGCGACUCACAACCGAAAGCGCCUAGGGACCGACAAUCCUCGUCCAGUAUUGGGUAGCAGCUUGGUUCCUUCCCAUCUUGGCGCGUUUCUCCCUCCCAACCUGCCUGUCCUCGAAGCGAGUGACAGCGGUAUAUCUCCACAACCAGAUCACAGCACCGACACACAGAACUCCCCACCAUGCGAGGCUGGACGGUGAUCGCAGCCGCGGCAAUGGCAGCGGACGCUGCCUCCGCGUCCGGCGCUGUGUCUGUCUACAACAUCAGCGACCCGAUGUACGGCACGUGUCGCCUCAAGGGCAUCUCGGAGUCCUCGGACAAUUUCAAGUUCUACGCGUCAGUGCCCAGCAAGGACUACGCGCUCAACGAGGCUUGUGCUCGCUGCAUUACUAUCACACGUGACGACGACUCGACAAAGACCACCACUGCGUACGUCUUGGACGUAUGUGACGGCUGCGCGUCUGGUACAGUGCAGCUGUCAGGAGACGCGAUGGCGGCGCUGGAACUCGACACGACGGACACAACUACCAAGGUCUCGUACCAGUUCGAUACGUGCCCCACGUCGCUCAUGUCGGGCGACAUCAAGGCCUGCCUCAUGGACGGCGCCUCGGCAACGUACGUGCCGCUUCAGUUCUACAACUCGCAGAAAGUCAUCACGGGUGUGACGAUCGAUGGCGUCACGGCCACCAGCACGUCCUCGACCUUCCUGUACUCCGCCAACUCGGGCUCGUCCUCCAGUACUUGGUACAAGAGUGUCGAGUUCUCAGUCACAUCCGACGAUGGCGAGACACUGAACAGCUCAUUUGCGUUCACCAGCACGUCCGGAUGUGCCACAUCCAGCGUGCAAUUCAACUCGGCAUCCACGGAGAACGGUGUCGACGGAAGCACCAUCUCUUCCUCGAGUUCAUCCGCUGGAGCCAUCAUUGGCGGUGUCUGUGGCGCUGUAGGUGCGUUGUUGAUCAUUGUGGGCUCCGUCAUCCUUAUCCGUCGUCGCAACCGUGCGUCGAAAGAUCUGGAAGACCCCGAGAACGACAUGGAGAACCAGUAUCUGUCCCCUACAGCCAAGCCCAAGGCUGUAGCAGCGGGAGCCUCAACUUUCCACGACAACGAUGACAACCACCACCACCCGGCUUCACCUACAGUGGACUACGCCGAGUCGUUCUCACCUGCUGCCAGCUCAAAGGCUCCAAGCUCGCGUCUGAGUGAUAUUAGCGCGCACGACACGCCCUCCGCUCGUCCUGAGACCCCCGCUGCCACCGUCCCUGCCUCUGUUAUUGCUGCAUCGGUCGCUGUAGACUCACCGCCGUCAUCUGCUUCGUCUGACCACUCGUCGAACGUGUCAGCGCCCUACUCGCACAAUUCAUCGAACGUGUCUGCGCCCUACUCGCACAACUCGUCAGUGGAGCGUUCUCCGUCGCCAGAACCUGUGUAUGUAGCCCCGACGUACGCCUACAGCAACAGCAUGGCCACCAGUCCUCGUCGCUCGACUGUGUCGAACGUUAAGACUGUCCCCACUCUGUCUGCCCCGGUGGUGCCGCGUCAGGCUUCCGGCACGAACUUCCACCAAUACGAUGAUGACGUUGAGGAGGACCGAUCCAGCUUCGACAUUGACGACAUGCGUGAGUCGGAGGCUCGUGCUACGUCAACGGACAAUUCCCGUCGCUAUGGCUCUCAGGCGUAUGCGCCUUACAGUGCCGCUGACCCGUACGCUGUGACGGUGACGUCUCCUCAGAGCAACGUCCGUGCCACAAGUCUGCGACGUCCGAGCACCAAGCAGAACUCCAUGAGGUCGUCAGGCCGCGAGUCUGGUCGCUACAACAACGAAUCGAUGCUCUCGGAAGCAGACAGCUACGCUUCAGCACCUCGCCAGACGAACCAGUCGAUUCUUUCGAACAGCACGGGGCUGCAAUCCGGCCGAUCGAACGCGCCGGAUAACUACUCGUUCAGCGCGCGACCAAGCAUGCCGACGGAGACAACAGCCGGGACGGACUCGGUGCGCGACAGCUACGCGUCUGGGCCUGCUUCGCAGAACAUGGAUCUGUCUGCAUCGCAGCACAGUCUCGGUUCAAUGCGCGAGAGCGGUGGCUACAGCCGCGAGUCCCUGAGCAUUCUGGGCUAUCCUUACUCCAAGAAGAGCGGGCGACACCACAACACUACAGAGAUGCAGUUCUAGGGAAUUGAUUCGACGUGUUACAUUAUCGGUUUUGGAUGAGCGAUCAAGCGACAAAGUGGUCAGCAGCGUCAAACAAAAAUACCAAGAAACUGUCAAGCCAGUCGCGUGCGUUCGACUAACGUGUUUGCCAUUUCAAUACGGAGUUAUGCUUGUGUUUUUUGUAGUUAAUGACCAGAGCGAGCCGGUAAGGACGGACAUGCCUUACGCUUGAGUUCGGCGACCCGGAUAUGCAGGUUUUGGCGGUGUAGUAGCCCCACGAGUCGACCUUGCCGAGUUACCCAUAUGCUUGAGCACUUGAUCAUCUCAAACAGCAGGUGAACUUUUUGUAGGGGCGUGUCAGGAUCCACUUGGAGCGCAGUCGAGUCGAUCUCGAGUAGCGGUUGGACCAGUGCAUGGGGGGCUUCUUGGACAAAUUUCCGUGCGUUUGGAACGUCGAACACAACUUUAAUGGCACUAAGUAUUGGCUUGACUUCGGAUGUGAAUUCAGCUAAUAUAAUGUCUGCGUCCUCCUUUGGUUCAGUUACCAAAGGAAUCGCGUUGUAUGCUUGCUGUGGCAUCUUCAGUGCAGAGCGAAGAUAGAAUGGAUCUUGGUACUCGCUGUCCGUCACCAAGCGGAUGGUAUUCUCGAGCUCGCAGCGCGCUACACAGCCAACGAAGAUCAUGCUGGUCGGAUUCUCGACAAUCGGCAGUGUAAGAGUCGACGUUGCCGUGUUGAGUGUGUGUCUUAGCUGUGCUAGAUCUAUGUCAGGCGUGAGAAUAGGGAACCGCCGCAGCAUGGCGUCGCGCGCCUUCAAGCCCUCGAGAUCAAGCGUGCAUAGAUAACUGAAACCUUUCUUCGCAAUGACGCUGUCGUACACGGACACUCGAAGCGCACAGCCGACCCCAGAGGCGACAAGAGUCGACAGAAUCAACGGAAUCGUGUAUACAAACUGCCCAGUGAACUCCAUGGCGAUCACUGCGACGGACGUCGUGUUUGUAGUCGAGGCGACGAAGCCAGCUCCACCCGCUAGUGCGUAUCCCCCGGCCACGAUUCUAGCUGACGGGAAGAUCAAACGAAGAACUUCACCAAAUAGCCGACCGAAAGCGGCGCCUGCAAUGAAUGUUGGAACGAAAUCACCGGCAGGGAUCGGUAGAGUUGUGGAUAUUGUCGUCGCUACCAAGCGGAUCAAACCAGCCAGGGGGAGGACCAUAUACACAGACAAGGACAAGUCGGCGUGCCAACGAUCCGGCAGCGUGGGUUUAUCACUGAUUAAAUCGGUUAAGGUUUCGCUGAACGACAAACGGCCCAACCCCACGGGCAUGCAGAGGAUUGCAGCGAGUGGAAUGAGCAACACCCAUGACACCACUACGACAGACUUCUUUGCUGUCCACGCUCUCCAGUGUUGUCUGAAGGUUGUCGACACGGAGGCGUACAUUGCACCAAGAAGACCAGUGAACACAGCCAAAACUGCGAAUGCGAGGAUCUCGGCAAAUCUGAACGACUCAGCCUCAAAGUUUGUGGGGAACAUCGGAUGAUAUGCAGCAACCGAGUCUUGAUGCACCAUGUAGACAGCCUGCCGUGCUAGUAGAGCACUGAUUGACACCACGAAAGCACGCCAAUAGUUCUACGAUAAGCACAUCAAAACAGCAAGAGAUUAAGCUACUGUACAACGACAAAAUACUAGCUUGACCUACCGAAACCACGAAGACUGUGCUUGUAACCUCAAUGGCAAACAACGCGCCGCCGAUUGGGGCCCGGAAUGUGCAGGUAACACCCACAGCACAGGCUGCAUUGUAGACGUGUCGCCUCAUAAUGUCGCUUUCGUAGAUUCGAUAAAACCACUUCACGUGCUUCAUGAGUCGAUGUGCUAUGAUGGACGACGUGUGUACAAAUGGCCCUUCCUUGCCGAGAGAGAGGCCACUACUUAAAGCAAGCGCUAGUCCGCCAAUCUUGGAUAUGAGCGUCCUGGCUCGGAGAUAUUCACUGGCGUCCUCGCGAUGAUCGUACGAAAUGAUACUUUUCAUUUCAGGAAUCCCAGAGCCUGCAGCCAUUGGAUCGAACACUUCCGUCCACUUUACGCCAGCGAUUGCAACGACAAUUGUGAAGGCGCUCCAAGCAAUAAGAUCAAUGUACGUGGACUGGUUCUUGGUGGUAGCGUUUAAAAAUUCCCGUC